AUGCCAUGGGCUAUAGCGUACCCGACUUUGAAAUUCAUAGAUUUAGAUAUCUCAACACAUGGAAGUCAACAACUGUCCAUUCUUAGUCUCAACGAACAUAUGGAAACGAAGGUGAAAAUGCGUGAUUACUUGAGGACUCGGCAGCUAGCAACAAUCAGUCAAACCUAUGUUUUAGUCGAGACAAUAUCCUUAAAAGAGCGUCUUGUGUUCUUCAAACAAGACGUUGACUUACUUCUUAAAAUAAAGCAUUCAAACCACGAAAACAUUAACCCAUUCAUUGGACUGUCAUAUGACAGCACGCAUUUGUACGUACUAUGGACUCACUGUUUUCGAGGAUCACUUGCCGAGCAAAUUUUCGGAAAAAAGGAUGAACGAGCAACAUUCGAAAACAACUUCCGAGGAGCCUUUGUUCGAGACAUCCUAAAGGUCGGUGUAUGCUUUACGUUUCUCCACUUCUGUAAGUGA